AUGCAAAAUAUUUUCCAGCCACAUCCGUUUUCUACAACAAUUGGGACUCUGACAGAAAGAGCGACUGAUAGUGGUCAGCCGUCAGAAGAUUGGGCUCUGAUUUUGGAAAUAUGCGACACAGUAAAUGAAACGGAUGAUGGGCCUAAGGAGGCUAUAAGAGCGAUAAAGAAACGUCUAGUCACUUCUGCAGGCAAAGACAACGUUUCAAUAUGGUACACAUUAACACUCCUGGAAACUUUAGUAAAGAAUUGUGGAAAAAGAUUUCACAGUCAGGUUGCUAACAAAGAGUUUCUGCAUGCUUUUCUAAAGCUUUUAUCACCUAAGAAUGACCCUCCACAACAGCUACAAACGAAGGUUUUGUACAUGCUUAAAUGUUGGAUAUCAAGUAACUGGGAUGUCGCUGGUAAACGGGAUCUGGAAAAAAUAUAUGCUUCGCUUUUACAAAAAGGAGUGCAAUUUCCAACGGUUGCACCAGUUGACUGUUAUGUAUCAAAACCGUCAAGAGGCCUACGUGAUAAUUUGGUCACAUCUAAAACUGGAGUAACUAUUCCGCGAACUUGUUCACAAGAAAAUGAUAAAUUAACUGGAAGAUCUUUAGUACUUAAAAGUUCUGGAACAGAAUCGGAUAUCCAUUUACGUAAUCAUUUAUCUGUAAAUCCAUCAAGUUCAAGUGUAUUACAUCCAUGCUCUGUUUGCCAUUGUAUACAUGAAUCAAAUAUUCAAUCAUUAGCUUGUCAUAAUCUUGGUUCAAGACCUAAUGUUCAUCCUACUGGUAAUUCUGUAUCCUCAUACAGUCGUUCAACACGUAAUGUACAUUUUAAUGGUACAGUUCAAAAUAGAUCACAGAUUAGUACUAUACCAAAUGAUUGUACUAUAAUGGUUGUUAACUCAGAGAAUCAACCAUCUUCUUUAGCUUAUCCACAUCCAUCUCAUACACAUGGUUUACCAUUAUCUAAUAAUAAAUGUCAACAAAUGAAUACAAAUUAUUCAAUGAAUUCUAAUAAUCCUAAUAAUAAUGAUGAAAUGGAAUUUGAUGAAGAUGGUAUUGUACGUCAUUUAAAUACUUCACAACGUAUUAAAUUAACAGAAGAUUUAUCUAUUGUUGAAACAAAUAUUAAUGUAUUAAAUGAUUUAUUAGCUGAAUUAAGACCAGAUACUAUAACGAUAGAUGAUUUGAAUUUACUCAAAGAAUUAAAUUGUACAUGUCGUAUUAUGCAUCAACGUGUUAUGGAAUUUUUAAGUCAAGUAUCCGAUGAAGAAGUAAUUAAUAAUUUAAUUCAAGUUAAUGAUCAUUUAACAAAUACACUUUUACGUUACGAUCGUUUUGAACGAUAUUGUCAACGUGCAAUACAUAAUUCCGAUAAUAAUAAUUCUUCUAACAAUCAACAAAUGGAUUCUGCAUUAUGUUUAACGAAUUCUAGACCACAACUAUGUUUAACUGCUUCAUCAAGUGACCAUAUUGAUUCAAGACGUCAUCGAUCGAAUCAUCAUCAUCAUCAUCAUUAUCCGCAGCAGCAACACCACCACCAACAACAACAAUUAGCAAUUACAGCUGGACCAUCUUCUCUACGUCGUACAACUCUAAAUGAGUCUACAGUGAAUGGAGUUGUUAGUAGUCGAAUGAAUAGUUUACACUAUAAUCAUGCAGAUUCAGGUAACGGUAGUAGUAUUGCUGUUUCAACCACCAGCAAUCAUCAUAAUAAUAACGAGGAUGAAGAUGACGAUGAAAGUUUGUUGGAUAUAAGUGAAGGUCCCUAUGGUGGUUCUACAACUAGAUCUCAUGAUUCUGAUGAAACUGAUGAAAUUGCUAAAUGGUUAUCUAGUCGACAAUUGAUACCUGUAAACUCACAGCAACAAUCACAACACAGUCAUCGUCCUUUUCAACACCAACAACAGUCAUUGACUACAAACAGUCGUUCACAUUCAUGUGUACGAACAAAUCAUUUAAGUGCUAUUACAAACACUACUACUACCACUACUUCUGCUGGUGUUUCUUUAUAUGCAACACAGAAUCCAUCAAAUAAAUCCGUUCAUUCUCAUCAAUCUUUUCAUGAAUUGUUGUAG